GCUGCCUGCCGACGAUGUGAGACUGGAAGGACGGAUAGUUAGGGUCCUCCCCGCCGUAGCCUACUUGAAUAUACAAUACUAUCUCUACUCAUGCCCGAUCUUAGGGCUAAAACAGAUUGCACAUUUCUUUUGCUUUGGUUAGUCAUAUAAUCAUUUUUUUUUUGAAUGAUGGAGGACGACUGCGUGUGUGAAUAUGAUUCGACCUGGGACACAGAGAGUGAUGGAGACGACCCGGCUGGAGAGAGCCAAACCCGUCGCUCAAGUCAAGACAAAAACAAAUCGUCUUGGACUUUAUGGCAUCAUACUCCUAGAAACAUAAGGGCGGCGAAGGAUAUGCAGAACUACAGACGAGGCUACCCAAAUCUUGCAGAUGAUGACUGCUCAGAGGACAAAAUGAAUAACUUGAAGUUCUAUCUCAAUCAGUUCCCCUCUGCCCCUGAUGAUGUCUACAUUGAAUCAUUUCAUAAGGAAUGGAAAACUGAUUACAAGAGGCUGGAGAGAGUUCACUCCUACAUUCAGUGGCUGUUUCCACUGCGAGAACCAGGUGUUAAUUACAUGGCGUCAGAACUCACCAAGAAGGAGAUCGAGGCCUUCAAGAAGAGCGAUGAGGCCAAAAGGAGGCUGGUGGAGUCUUAUGAGCUCAUGUUGGGCUUCUAUGGCAUCCAGUUGGUCAACAGGGAGACAGGUGAAGUGAAACGUGCUGAGAAUUGGAAAGAGCGCUUUGGGAACCUUGAACGGAACAUGCACAACAAUCUGCGCAUCACUCGCAUCCUGAAGAGCCUUGGAGAGCUGGGCUUUGAGCACUAUCAGGCUCCACUUGUGCGCUUCUUUUUGGAAGAAACUCUGGUCAAGAAGAACCUCAGCAGUGUGAAACGCAGCGUGCUUGACUACUUCCUGUUUGCUGUUCUGGACAAGCACAAGCGUCAAGAACUUGUGCGGUUUGCCUACCUUCAUUUUGAGCCAAAGGACAAGUUUGUGUGGUGCCCGAGAAAGAUUCAAAAACAGUUCAAGAAAGCAGAGAAAAGAUCUGAGGCUUUCGGGAAUGGCGAUGGAAGGGACGAAGUUUCUUCACGGGUAAAAGGCAAAGAUGGAGAGGCAUCUGGACCACAGAAAGAGGAUGCAGGUGGAGUGGAUAAUGUCACAGAACUUCAGAAAGGUACUGAUAAUACAGCAAGUGGGGGCAAAGACAAACUGCCUGAGGCUCUGUCUGAGCCAAAACCAGACAGUGGGACUGUUGGGAAUGGAAAUACAGAAGCUGAAUCUGAUGAUGAAUUUUUGGGGAAUGGAAAUGGCUGCCCUGACGACGAUGAUAUCGAUGAAAUGGAUCUGUCUGCCACUCCUGACACUUUGCCUGUGAAAGUUGAGACCAGUGUGGAGGAGGAGCACAAAGAUGCCAGCAAACCUAAGGACACCAUCCAAGAACCAGUCAAUAUUAUGCAAACUGAUGGAGACAUAGACUCAGAGAAACCACCGAAGAAGAAGAGAGAGGACAACAAGGUGCUGCCUGACAACAGUCCUGCUGGGGAGUGUGCCAACGGGCAAACGGAGGACAAAGUUGUUUCCACUAACAAAGUCGCCGGUCUAACAGGUCCGUCAGUGUCGACACCCCUUAAGACCAAGCCUGAAGUUUCCUCUCAGCACUCACCCUCUCUUUCCUUGGGAAGGGAGGAAAAAAUUCCAAGGACUGACUUUAAUCAUACAUCAGAUAAAAAUAAAGAAGGAGAACUGACACAGGCAAAUGUUCCCUCAACGAAUGGCGCACUGACGGGCACUGACAACAGUGCUGAUGAACAGACAAACGGGAAAGACUCUGAGACGAUGGAUGUGGAGUCAAUCUCAGACCAAAACAUGGGGAACUCAUGAAUAUGGUGCUGUAGGAAUUUGGAAACACCAAUAAAAUACACUAUUAGAGCAUAAGUUAAACGUAAUUGAAGGACAUUGUAUGAGUUUAAAGCGUUUCUGGGCCUUAUUUUUUACUCUCUCCUUUCAUGUUUAGAUAUUAAUUCUUUUUACUUUUGAGAAGUAUAUGAAAUCAUAAGCUCACAUGAUGUGGGAUUGGUUGUGACUGUGAUAUUGUCUCUACAUGGCUAAUUCUACAAUAUUAAGGUAGUUAUGACUAAGAUUGUCAGCCAUUAAACAAGACAUAUUUAAUAUUCCUACAGAAUGAAUUAAGCACUGUUACGGUUAAUUUAUGUCAGCGAAGCGCAGUUGUAAAUGAAAUGGUUUCCAAAUUUUUUAAAUACCUUAGUACUUUAACAACAAUACAGGUUUGUUUUGCACUGAAAAAUGGAUAAUCUGAAGAGGUGUUAAUGUGUCAGUUAAAAGAGCAUUUUGAAUUGGUUAGCAUUUUGCUGAAUCCACUGUCAAUGGACUUAAGACUGAAUGUCAUUCUAGUUUUGUUCAAGAAUGUUGCACAAUUUGUAUGUUUUUCGUGCAGAGCUCGGAAGUAGACAUUUGAAUAACUGACAGCAUUGCCAAAAAUAUGAUAGACUGGUUGAUUGUAUGUAUGUCUGCUUGGCAGUAUUGAGAUACAUAGCUUUGGCUGAAAUUUUGAGUCUACUGUAUGUUAAAACUUUUUAAGAUGAGAGCAGUACAUGGAAAUUUACAAGCCAGGGUGACUUAUUGGUCUUGUUAUUUAUUGAUGCGUCUUUUUAUAUUUGCACUUAAUUUUCGGUACUAAUUGUUUAAGUUAUCUUACAUGCUUAUGAUAUUUACAAAACAAAAUGGUAAUAACAUUUCAGUAGUGCUGCAUUAUUUACUCUUAAUCAUGUGUUUCCCAACUAAAUACUUGGCUAUUGACACCGCAGAAUAAAGUUCUACUAUUUUCUGAUGUUCGUAUGUAAUUAGUCUAUGUUUAGCCAAAGCUUAAAUCCCUUCCUAGUUUAUUGAAUUGUGAUUCUCAGGAAAACACUGGUAGAUAUCAGCUUUUGCUUAUUUCUGUGGCUGUUUUCUUUGUUUUCCCACUCCAGCAGCAUAUAGGCGCAGAUAGUCUUGUUUUUUCAGUAAACUAAUUAAAACUCAGUGAGCUGACAGCCCUCUCACAGGCUGGAACAGUGCUCACCAGAGGGGACAAAAAUCAUCUUGAACUUAGGGUUUAUCGUGAUGAAACAGGAAUUGUUCACACCUCAGGAUCAGUGUUUUGAGUGUGAUAUCCUUACUCAGUCCACAUGUGAGAAACACUAAAAAUGGGGACAGUGAACACACAUCUCUGUUUCUCAGGAGUUUAAGCUUGCUGCUUCUCAUUGAGUUGUCCCAAGCAGCCUCUGAGAUCCACCCGUUACCUGUUCGCUUAUUAUAAAUAAAAUGUUAAACAAA